CUACACGUUGUGCAAUUGCGAUCAGCUGUCACAUGCGUGCGAUGCAAAACAAAGGCGCCAGAGAACCUUUUUCCAUUUGUUUAUUUUUCUUUCCUCGCUUCAUUGCGAUUCUAAAUUUGCAUACUAUUUUUUUUUUUUGUUUGUUCUGGCCUGUUGACGAUUUCCGAAUCAUAAAGAAUUAGGGACGGGUUCGAGCAAAACCAUAUGUCGAGUUUUUCCCGUGGUUUCUACUCCGACGGUGAACCGCUCAGUAGCAACAGCAGCAGCGGUUAGCAGGAAGUAUCGAGAGGUCCAGUGUCCCCGCGACAGCUGUUCCGCAUACUACGGCAUUGGGUUUGUCUUAUCAGCUUAAGGCGCCGUCAACACGCCGUCUGUGGGGACGUUUUACCCUCGUAGCCGUUCGUCAUCGCAGCGCUAAUAAUCAAAUCAGUGAGAUCAUUGCUUUGUGAACUACUCCAACCCAUACUAGCGAGAGCGGACUGAAAACUCGGAAGCAGCUGGAACAUUGUGGUGGUGGUGAAAAACAGAUCCUUCGUUUAGUCACACACGUACACAAGAACGGACCAAAUGAACGACAGUAAGGUUACGGAUGGGUCUGCAGGACUGCAACCUUUUUGUUGUUGUCUUUACACCGAUUUCCUUUCCCUUGCAGGCAUCAAGUACGAGAUGGACAUGAAGAUGGAACCUUCCAGCCCACCGGAAAAGGACCGUACCAUGUACUCGCGGUGUUCGAGCGCGGGCAGCAUACACACACCGACGUCAUCCGCGCACAAUUCCGAGGAUGAGGAAGAUUCGGGCGACAAUAAAAGCAGCACGAUGAGCUACAAGGAGCGGCGACGGGAGGCACACACCCAGGCGGAACAGAAGCGGCGCGACGCAAUCAAGAAGGGUUACGACUCGCUGCAGGAACUGGUACCGACCUGCCAGCAAACCGACGCAUCCGGCUACAAGCUAAGCAAAGCGUCCGUGCUCCAGAAAUCGAUCGACUACAUCGGCUAUCUGCUUCAGAGCAAAAAGAAGCUCGAGGAGGAACGAGCCUCGCUGCAGAAGGAGGUGAUGGCGCUGCGCAUCAUACAGAAGAAUUACGAAAACAUGCUGCAGCACCAGCAAGCAUCCCCCGGCCGGACGGAGGCAAGACUUAGCGACGACAUCAAGUUUCAGGUGUUUAAAGCGAUUAUGGACGAAAUGUUCGUCACGUUCGAGCAGCUGCCGAUGAACGAUUUUGCCGAGCUGACGUCCGGCGUUAUACCGUGGCUGGAGGAACACUGUAAGCCGCACCUGCUGCGGGAUGUGGUGAACCGGAUGCUGGCCCACAUUACCGCCAACAUUACGGCGGAGGUGGCGCAGGAUAUGGUUAGCGCCCGGGAUAUGAAUUGAUUCGUGGGCCAAGCGCCACGACUUAACACCGCUGGAUUCGGUAGUUAUAAUUUUCUUCUUCUUUCCGGUUAGCUUCAUAGUCGAAUCACUCAACCCUGUUGGAUCGACUAUUACGUUGUGCAAUGAUUUUUUGUUUUAAAUUCAUUAUCACGUUCUUCUGGAACCGCGUUAGCCAUUAUGUUAUGCCGUGGGAGGGAAAUCUAGUGGGGGAAAGGUACUAUUGAAAUGGUUUAUGUUUACGUAUAUGUAUAGCACAAAGCAGAAUAGAUAAUAUUCUACGUGGCCGGUUGGGGUUAACUACAAAAGAA